AUGAGGUGGUACUACUACAUUGCAACGGUGCUGCUGACGAUGACACUGGGGGCGGCCGGUGGAGGAGGCGGCAAAGGACAUCGCAGGCAGUACUCGGCCGUCGGCAGUACCUCCGCCAUGGUGCAUCAGCUGCAUAGGGCUCGCCUGAUGAGUGCUCAGCAACAAGAGAAGGAGAAUGAAUUUUUGAAUAAGGGGAAGAGUAAGUGCCCUGGUCGUGUGAUAUUGUAG